AUGAAUGCAGAAACCUUGGCGGCAGAUCACUAUUUCACACCACGGUUAUGGCGGCUGUCCAGUAUUUCCUUCCUUCGACGUAGAACUCCGGCGACUUGGAGGCGAAGAAAGUCCGAAGGUCAUUUUCAAAGUGGUCACGAUCAUCGUAGCGCUUCUCUUCCAGGUGAUGCUGAAGCGAUCGGAAGAGGUGAUAGCCGCUCGGGGCCAGAUCCGGGCUGUACGGUGGGUGCAGUAGAAAUUCCCAUGCGAGCACCAGAAUUUUCUGGGAGUCUUCUUCGCGAUGUGAGGGCGUGCGUUAUCGUGCAGCAGGCGAACGUUGUCGAGCUUCGGGUGCUCCUUGCGGAUCUUGUCGGCCAGUCUUUGUAG